AAAGAGUUUCUCCGUCUUUCGAACCGUCUCAGUUGUCGGUGAGGCCGGCGGGGCGGAUCCCACAUUAGUCAAAGACAUAAUAAAGCAACACAACAAUAAUAACAACUUGGUUGAUUCCUACCUUUCGUCAAAAAGCUCCCCUGUGGAUAUAAACCAUUAAGAUGCCCUCUGCAAUGAACGCAAGCAGGUCAGUGCAGAAUGCCAGCCCAGAGGUGGGAUCCGCUCCAGGGUCAAUGGGCAGCUCUGCACCUGGACAGUCUGAGGUUUUAAAACAAGUGUUAGGAGUCAUUGAUAAGAAAGUCCGCAACAUGGAAAAGAAAAAGAGCAAACUGGAUGACUAUCAAGUCAGGAAGGACAAGGGAGAGGGCCUGAACCAGGACCAGCUGGAAGCACUCGCUAAAUAUCAAGAAAUCCAAAAUAACCUGGAAUUUGCCAGAGAAUUGCAGAAGAUGUUUAUUCAAUUGGGACAAGAUAUUCAGAAGGCGGUGAAGAAGACUGCACGGCGGGAGCAGCUACAGCGUGAGGAGGCCGAGCAGAGACGGCUCAAGACCAUUCUGGAGCUGCAGUUCCUUUUGGACCGACUCGGUGAUGACACUGUUCGGCAGGACCUCAAACAGGGAGUGGGGGGUUCACCACUGCUUACAGACGCAGACCUCACAGCUCUGGAUGAGUUUUACAAGUUGGUGGGGCCAGACCGAGACCAAAAUGUCAGGUUGGUUGACCAGUAUGAGGAAGCAUCUGUGCACCUCUGGGACCUGCUGGAAGGACGGGAUAAAGCUGUGGUUGGCACAACAUACAAGGCACUGAAGGAGACUUUAGACCAGGUUCUGCUGAGUGGAUACUUUGACAGAGUUCCAUCUCAUCAAAAUGGAGUUUGUGAAGAGGAAGAAGAGGAAGAGCCCAUCGCAGCUGCAGCAGUCGCUGAAUUGUCAGAAGCAGAAGAGCAGGCUGUCGAUCCAGAAGCUGAAAUAAUCGAAGAGUUUACGGAGCCAGUCGCAGUUGAAACAACAGAGUUUGUAAACAGACAGUUCAUUCCAGACUCCACAUACAGCAGCAGUGACAAAGAGCAGGGGGAUGAGUGGACCACAGAUUCAGAGACGGUCAGUGUGCUGCAGCAGCAGCCUGUUGUGCAGUCUGCUGCCCCUCCUGUUUCUCUGGAGACCCACCCCCUGAGUUUAGCGCCUCCUGCCCUACAAAGUGACCCCAUGGUCCGAAAGCAGGUAGUCCAGGACCUCAUGGCACAAAUGCAGGGAACAUACAACUUCAUGCAAGACUCCAUGUUGGAGUUUGACGGACAGCCCAUUGACCCCGCAAUUGUUUCAGCCCAGCCAAUGAAAUCUGCUCAAAAUGUGGACAUACCACAAAUGGUUUGUCCUCCAGUUCAUACAGAGUCUCGAUUAACGCCAAAUACAAUUCCUGUUCAGCCUGAGCCCUCGCAAGUUCCUAUUGUUUCUCCUACGCCACCCCCCAUGUACCAGACAUCACGCACACCAGAUCCCCACCCCUCAGCAGAAUCGAUUGAAAUCCAGAACUCCAUGUCGUUGUCUUCGGACCAGCCUCCCUCCUCCACAGCACUACCCCCCGCCUCUCAAACACAGGUUUUUCAGCCCGUCUCCAAAGCGCCCCACAGCGGAGGAAUUAAUGUCAACGCAGCACCAUUCCAGUCAAUGCAGACAGUGUUUAACCUCAACGCCCCCGUCCCUCCUGCUAACGAGACAGAAGCAUUAAACCAGGCCAACCAGUACCAAAACUCCUACAACCAGUCCUUUAAUAGCCAGUCCCAGCAUCCUGUGGAGCAGACAGAGAUGCCGGCCGAUCAACUGCAGUCUGUAGUUGGUGCGUUCCAGGACCAAUCAGGAGCUCACCAGCAGCAGUCGCAGCAGGGUUUUGGGAGACAGGGUCAGUCUUUCUAUAACAGCAGAGGCAUGUCCCGCGGAGGUCCACGCAACGCUAGAGGCAUGGUCAAUGGCUACAGGGGCUCGUCAAAUGGCUUCAGAGGUGGCUAUGAUGGGUAUCGUCCUCCUUUCGCCAACACUCCAAACUCUGGCUAUGGACAAACCCAGUUCAACACACCACGGGACUACUCAAAUGGAAACUACCAGAGGGAUGGGUACCAACAGAACUACAAGCGCGGUACUGGACAGGGAUCCAGAGGUGUUUCGAGAGGCAGCACUCAGGCGAUGCGCUCCUGAAAAAAGCCUUUCUUAAAUGACUGUGACUGAUUAACUUGCUCCACACUGAAAAAAAUCAUCAUCGCAUUUUCCCCAGCUCACUCAUCUUUUUAGUUGAUUUUCAUCAGUGCUUUUUACUUGUCUCUUGAAUCAAAGUGUACCUGCUUUGAGAUCUCAAAACUAAUGACACAUUUUAAAGUCUGAACACAAGCUAAUCUGUAAAUUCAAUCAACAAUUUACAACAGCCAUGUGUUUAUAAUGUUCCUGUAAACUUGAAAGAUUUCAUAAGUUAUUUUUUGUAUGAAAAUGCGCCUGCCACUGCUGGUCCAAACCUUGGGAGUUUAUUACCCUCCUUGGUUCUUUCUGUCAUUUUGGUUCUAAAGCCUUUUAUGUUCAAAGAGCUCCCAUAUUCUUGUUUGUAAAUUGAUGUUGCUUCAAGAGUUUCAAUAAAGUUGUGUUGCAUA